AUGAGAUUGAAAACCGGAAAUGUUGCUCUAAAUGCUAAUCUAUUUAAGAGAAGAUGUGUUGAUUCUCCCUUGUGUGGUAUCACCUGUCCGUUCACUCCAGCCUACAAAUCUCGAUUUUGUAAAAUCCAACAUUUAGAUCCUUCUAAUGAUGUACAAGAAGCAACUGCUAAUGUUGAUUUAGACAGGUCGACUGAAUACGACGAACCAGAAGCUCCGCCUGAACCAUUCUUCGAAGAUCCAUUUGAUCUAACUGAUCCUGAUGAUCAACCACCAACAAAAUGUAAUACCGACAAAGAAACUCAUGAGAAAAAUCCAAGAUCAGCGGCUGCUAUUUUCAAUUGUGGGAUUAUAUUUGCUCUCUGCGAAAUAUAUGGCUCAGAAUCGACAAAACAAUUGUAUGCAUUUAUGGCUAAUGUUGUAGACAACCGACAACAUCAUCUGCCAAACGUGUUAGCUUUUGAUAAUGCACGUAAAUUUAGUCGUUUCGCAAGAAACACGAAAAAGAAUAUUAAAUGUGUAACAUAA